GCCGCCUAAACGAUAGGCUUUAAAAGAUCGGUAUAUGGCGCUUGCGCGCAAGAUCAAUUAUCCACUAUAUAGUGUCCAGGGUACAUUUCUCGCAAGUUCGCCUGCUCCUGAGACUACUGACCUCUCGUCUGCCGCAUUUCUUUGGCAGACUUAAGGCGCUAUUUCCUCAUAUUAAUUAACAUGUUUCCCUUGUCAGCUCUGGUUUUUCUCGUGGCCGGGAUUGCUACAGUCACCAAAGCUAGCAGCAGUAGCUGCAUCGGUACAAUUUCGUCCUUAAACGACGUUAGUAGUGCCAUCAAAUGCACGACAGUGAAUAUCAACGCGUUUACCGUCCCUGCUGGCAAAACGUUCGAACUGCAGCUGCUGGCCGGUACCACUGUCAACGUUUUGGGCGAGAUUCAGUUCGGAAACAAGAGCUGGGCGGGUCCCCUAUUCGAGGUCAAAGGGAGUAAUAUCACUUUUAAUGGAAACAACCAGAAGUGGGAUGGUGGAGGACCUUUCUAUUGGGAUGGUAAGGGUACGAAUGGCGGCACGACAAAGCCACGCCCGAUGAUGCACAUAUUGAUGUCGGGCACAUUGAACAAUGUUCAGGUGGUAAAUACUCCCGCCCACGCCUUCUCGGUCGCAAACUCAGGACCUCUCACUAUCUCUGGCGUCACUGUCGAUGAUUCGCAGGGUAACCAACCUAACUCGAAAAGCAGCGGUCUUGCUGCUGGACACAACACCGACGGCUUUGACGUUAGUGGCAGUAAUUUACUCAUUGAAAACAGCACCGUCAUCAACCAGGACGAUUGUUUGGCUAUCGGCCGGGGAACAAACAUCACCUUUUCCAACAACUACUGUAAAGGCGGUCACGGUAUCUCCGUCGGCUCCAUCUCGUCAAAUGUCGUCGUCUCCAAUAUCGAUAUUUCCGGAAACAAUGUUGUUAACAGCGCAUACUCGUUUCGUAUCAAGACCGAUAAAUCUGCGACAAACAGUGCUGUCAAGGAUGUUACAUAUAACGCCAACACUGCAACCAACUGUACCCAAUAUGGCGUUCUGAUUACACAAAGCUAUCCCACCGACCUGGGCACCCCGGGUAACGGGGUCACUAUAUCUAAUAUCAACUUCAACCCUGGCACUACCUCCUUGACGGGUACCAACAGUGCUUACAUGGUUGCAGUAAACUGUGGCACUGGAUCGUGUACAGGUACCUGGGAUUGGUCUGGUUUGGAGACAAUUGGUGGAAAAGCCGGAUCUAUCACUAACAACAAAGUCAUUACUGGAUUCACACAGUGAUGUGGCCUGGCGCCUGGUUUUUCUUGUGGCCAAAAAAACAUACAGCUGCAUGCAGCUAUCGUGUUAUCCGCUCUUUUUUGCAACAUAUUCUUUUUUUGUUACACGUUCUUUUUUGUUACACACUCUUUUGCCCCAGCCCUUCGAGACUCAAGCUAGUCACGUUAAUCAAAUAUACAUACUUACCAUUC